GCAGCAACAGCAGCGGUCGCUCUGCUAUAUAACUUUUCUUCAACAAAGUGAAAAACGUGCUGGGUGUAAUCACACAAAAUAGUGCUUCAAAGCCUUUGAAUAGUAGCGAGUUGAAUCAACAUUUAUCUUAUAAACGUUCAGAAUGCUUCGCCUGCCGACUAUGUUACGUUGUUCUGCGGCCCGCCAAGUGGCGGCUGGUUAUCGCGGUUAUGCCAAAGAUGUCCGCUUCGGACCGGAGGUGCGCGCUCUGAUGCUUCAAGGUGUUGACGUCUUAGCCGAUGCCGUUGCGGUUACAAUGGGACCGAAGGGUCGCAAUGUAAUCCUGGAACAGAGCUGGGGAUCUCCAAAAAUUACCAAAGACGGUGUCACCGUCGCCAAGGGUAUCGAGCUAAAGUGUAAAUUCCAGAACAUUGGUGCCAGGCUGGUUCAAGACGUCGCCAACAAUACCAACGAGGAGGCCGGUGACGGUACAACCACGGCUACCGUUUUGGCCCGGGCGAUCGCCAAGGAGGGAUUCGAUAAAAUUUCCAAAGGUGCUAACCCGGUGGAGAUUCGUCGCGGUGUGAUGCUGGCCGUCGAUGCCGUUAAAGAUCACCUCAAGACAAUGUCGCGCAAUGUGACCACUCCGGAAGAAAUCGCCCAGGUGGCUACUAUUUCUGCCAACGGAGACCGUUCUAUUGGUGAUUUAAUCAGCGAAGCGAUGAAGCGUGUUGGCAAGGAUGGUGUCAUCACGGUGAAGGACGGCAAGACACUGACCGAUGAGUUGGAAGUUAUCGAAGGAAUGAAAUUUGAUCGUGGUUACAUUUCGCCUUAUUUCAUCAACUCGAGCAAGGGUGCCAAAGUUGAAUUCCAGGAUGCACUGGUUUUGUUCUCGGAGAAAAAAAUCUCAAACGUGCAGUCCAUUAUUCCAGCGCUAGAGUUAGCCAACUCACAGCGUAAACCACUCGUCAUAAUCGCUGAGGACGUUGACGGGGAAGCUCUGAGUACGCUGGUCGUUAACAGACUGAAGAUUGGACUGCAGGUUGCCGCCGUCAAAGCACCCGGUUUCGGCGAUAACCGCAAAAGCACUUUAACUGACAUGGCUAUUAGCACCGGUGGAAUUGUAUUCGGCGAUGAUGCCAACUUGGUGAAAUUGGAAGACGUUCAACCUUCGGAUUUGGGCCAGGUGGGUGAAAUCACCAUCACCAAGGACGAUUGCAUGAUGCUGAAGGGCAAAGGUAAAACGGACCAGAUUACUGCUCGUGUCGAACAAAUCCGUGACCAGAUUGCCGAUACAACUUCCGAGUACGAGAAGGAAAAGCUGCAAGAAAGGCUGGCUCGAUUGUCGUCCGGUGUUGCUGUGUUGAAGAUCGGAGGUUCUAGUGAAGUUGAGGUCAACGAGAAAAAAGAUCGUGUAAAUGAUGCGUUGUGUGCUACUCGUGCUGCCGUCGAGGAAGGUAUUGUUGCAGGAGGUGGCACUGCACUGUUGCGUUGUAUCAAGACGUUGGAAGGUUUGACCGCUAUAAAUGACGAUCAGAAAGCCGGUAUUGACAUCGUUCGCCGAGCGCUGCUUCAACCGUGCACUCAGAUUGCCAAGAACGCCGGUGUCGAUGGAUCGGUUGUCGUUGCCAAGGUAUUGGAUUUGCAAGGAGAUUUCGGAUACGACGCCUUGAACAGUGAAUAUGUAAACAUGAUCGAGCGAGGAAUCAUUGACCCGACCAAGGUUGUUCGAACGGCUCUGACGGAUGCUUCUGGAGUUGCUUCACUUUUAUCCACUGCUGAGGUUGUCGUGACGGAAGAACCCAAACCGGAAGGUGCUGGAGGAAUGGCUGGAAUGGGUGGAAUGGGCGGUAUGGGUGGUAUGGGAGGCAUGGGCGGAAUGAUGUAAUUUGAUCGCCAAUAGCAUACAUCUGCUAGGACUCCGAGUGAUGAAGCUACCCGUGAGGAUAAACCGCUACAAAAAACCUAGCAAGUUGAAACAAAAAUCUGAUCGGCAUCCUCUCGAAUACCGUCAUCGUUUUCGGUAGUCAAACAAAAUGCAUUUAUCUCGUAAUUCAGCGUUUGAUCUUCUCUCGCAUUUUACGCAUUUCUUUUUUCGCCACCGUCGACGGCGUUCAAAAGCAGAGUUAUAAAGUUACGGAUACUGUAGCUAGUAGUUACUAUUAAGGACGAACCACAAUCUUCCUUCCCACGAUGCUGCUUUUCUAUCAGCAACCGAAAGCGCGAUUGUGAUUAUUCUGUGUUAAAUGUCUGAUAGAAGUGGACUGUUUUAAAUUAAGGCAGUUGACCUAGCGAAGCUCUUCGUGGACGAAAGAUUAUUCCAUAGGAAAGCUAGAGGAACAGAAAGAGGAGGCACGCGGAACGAGUGUUGUUUAGAGUAUUUUUUUUUAAAUUUCGUCUUGAGACAUACCAGAGGGAAAAGUAGGAUUCUAAGAACUAUACUUUAAGUUCUCCGGUUGCCCCUUUCAUUGUAACUGAUUUUUUUUUGUCAGCUAUGCAUAUAAUUUUUCGUUACCGUACAAAUUCUAUCACAAGCAAGAGUGCGAACUUAGUCAGAGAGUAGUUGUAAAGAUUUUUCUUUGUGAACGUGUAUCUCCAUAAUGUUUGGUUAUAUAGAAGACAAGUAGCAGUUGUGUAGGCUAGUUUAUAGAUGGAAAUAAACUGAAGAAUCGUAUUUUAGGAUAAAACAGAUGAACAAAUGAAUAUGCAAUUUAUCACAUACAAGAGCAGAAAGUUGGCACACACAGCAGAAGGUAAAGCCGGUAUUCAAGCUGCAUAUAUACUGAAAAGAAAUUGAAUAUACAUGUUUUAUACAAAAGAAA